UUGAAAGACUGAUGUAAUAAUAUAGAUUGGCAAUGCCAACUAGCGCUGCCCAUCUUCACGUGAUACUGCUUCAUCUAGGCCUUAUUGUUUUUGUUUUCUUCCACUCUUCACUCUUUUUAUAUAUAUGUUUCCUACUUCUCUACAAAACUUGCUACACUGAAAAUAUGGAGUCCACUAAAAUCUCAGCUCUCUUUCUCAUUUGCAUGCUUUUCAUUUCCUCCGCCACUCCCGUUCUUGGUUGUGGUUCAUGUAGCACUGGCAAAGCAACACCAAAGCCCCCUAAAGGCCCCAUUACAAUCCCUUCCAUUUUUAAUCCCCCAAUCAACCUCCCUCCCAUUCUAAAUCCCCCUGUGACAGUCCCUCCGGUGACGGUGGUUCCUCCCAUAAUUACUAAGCCACCAAGUGGGAAACCUUGCCCGUCGGCCACUUGCCCCAUUGACACAUUGAAAUUGGGUGCAUGUGUGGAUCUGCUUGGAGGGUUGGUUCACAUUGGCCUUGGUGACCCAGUUGUGAAUGCAUGUUGUCCAGUCCUUGCAGGGCUUGUUGAGCUGGAAGCUGCUGUUUGCUUGUGCACCACUCUGAAGCUAAAGGUUCUCAACCUUAACAUUUAUGUGCCGCUUGCUCUUCAGCUGCUCAUCAGUUGUGGGAAAACACCCCCUCCUGGUUACACUUGUUCUCUCUAGUUUAAGUCAAAGCUGCUAGGUUCAUGGAUGCAAUGACGAAGCCCACAUGACAGGAUGUCCUCCAUCUUUUUCUUUUAAAUUCCCCUUUCUACCUCAAUUGGAUUGCAUUUGGAGCUAAGCUGGCUAGCUCUUAUUUAUUAGUGUAGACCAGUUGUAUUUUUCAAUGAUUGUCGCAAGUGUGUGUUUUUGUGUACGACAAAUGAAGCAAUCAACAAUUAUUUUCUAUCACUUCAUGAUUUUCUAGGAUUCACAUUCUGCAUGCAAUAAUGUAACUACAGUAGGGUCGUAAUAAUGUUUCUUAUUCCUUCAAUUAUUAUUAUUAUAUAUAACAUCAGUAGUAUAAAAUGCAUGUGAAAA